GCAGCCAAUCUCGAGGUCUUCCUCAAUAGGCAUUCUUACAUUAGCAGAUGACUGGCUACGGAUUAGCCACGACUAGUCGCCCGACUUUGCCUUGCCAACCCCGAUUCAUCUACUCCUCUGUUCCGCCACAAAGAACGCAGUCUUCCCGCCGCCCUCAGCUUUUGCUCAUUGAUACAGCAAUCACCAGAACUUCUCAGCAGUCAUGGUUUCGAACCCGCCGAUACAUCAAUCUUCAGAGUCAGUGCCUUCACCCCAUUGCUUGAAUACACAAGUCGAACAUGAAGUUUCCGCAGGAGUAGGGAAAAGAAUUCCUACUACGGGAGAUGUAGACAAGAAACCGUGGAAAUACAUCGGCUACAAAGGGUAUACAAAGUUUAUAGCAUCGGAAGAUGACUUCUUUCUUCUUCGCAGGUUCGACUCGCUCAAUGUGCGCGUCGGACUGGCACUCCAGGAUGAAAUAUCAGAACUUGAACAAGAGCUGGAAGAAAUGGACAAUGCACUCAGCAAGAUAAGCGCCCUUGACUUCAACAACGGUACUAUCAGGCAAGAUGUGGAAGAGCGUACCGACCUGAUCGUAGCACUUUCAAAGAAACUGGUGAAAUACAAUGAAUUCUUGAUACAACAACGUACUCUUCGGACUCUGUCUAAAGCACCGCGGCGGGACAUCAAAAACCACUUGCACUGGCAUGAAAACCACGGCAACGAAGCUAUUGCAACAGUGGAGCAAGACUAUUUGAAUCACAAAAAUGAUCUCGUAGCUUUGGCCCAAAAAGAAAAGACACCCUUGCGACAAGUCAUCGACGGAUCCCUUCGUUUGCGAACACUUCCCCUAUGGAGACAUAGAGAGAAUGAAGGCGAGACUUACGACAAAGAAGACGUCUCUCACUAUUCCGACAAACGAAUGGACAGUUUCGCUUCAGCAGUCAUAAUUGCUGUCGGAGUCUUGAUGCUCAUCACGCCAAUAUGGAUCCUUCAGGCACUGACGGAUCUGAAGGCAAAACUCGCAGUCAUCACGGCCUUCAUAUUUGUCUUCCUACUCGUUCUAUCCCUGGCCAUGGUAGCGAAACCUUUUGAAGCGCUGGGCGCCACUGCAGCAUACGCGGCAGUAUUGAUGGUGUUUCUUCAAAUACAGUCAGAAGGCUCUUGAUUCCAUAGUGUUAGAUGAGCCCAGGAAAGUUGUAUAAUAGUGAAGCAUGAAGAAAGGGAUUGUACCACAUCGCUGAGAGUGACUUUUCUGGGCGGUUUGAGACGACCCGACAGCUAGAUAUCUUUGGUACAGGAUGGCAAGGUAACAUCAGUUUGAAGGUACUGGUAAUGGCGGACACCUCCCAACAAAGCGAGGAAUUCAUCAAGUUUGCUUGAGACCUUUAAUCCACGGUCCACUACACACCCUCGAUAGCCCAUCAAGUUGGAAUGUCUGUCGGGGUGGUCAAGAGCCUGCCGCCAGCACUCUUGCCGAGUGAUCUAGAGUGCGCCUACUCCUCCACGGAUCGCAAACCGAAAUCAAUCUGAGACUACCGCGCCCAGUGUCCCGUUGUAGCAGUCGUAUUCUGUCAUUUUGCCAGU